UACUCAUAAUUAAAUGGAGCAAUUAAUAGAGGACGUUUACUUAUUGAAGGGGACAUAAUUAAAUGUAUUGUAUAGGUACCUAACUUAGCUACUUAAUAUAAGUAGAUUACCUCCAUGAUUUUUUUUAAGAAUGUGUUCUCUUUAACCAACAAUAAACCAUGCUUCAAGCUUGCAAUGACCUCCUUCUAACCCAGCCUCUAUGUAUUUCCCUUCUUUCAUUCUUAGGCAUCCUCUCCAUUUUCAAACACACAUUAUGUCUCCUAAAAUGGACAUACAUAUCCUUCCUUAGACCCCCAAAAGACCUUAAAAAAACCUAUGGUUCAUGGGCACUAAUCACCGGCUCUUCCGAUGGCAUCGGAAGAGCCUUUGCCUUUGAGCUCGCGGCUCAUGGCCUCAACCUCAUCCUUGUUAGUCGUAGUGCAACCAAACUUGAACAUGUCGCUUGUGAUAUCAAACAUAAGUUCCCUAACAUAAACAUCAAAAUGGUGGCAAUAGAUUUUUCAAGGGACAUAUCAUAUGUUACAAAAGAGGUUAAGAGUGUUGUUAAAGGGUUAGAUGUUGGAGUUUUGGUUAAUAAUGUGGGAAUAACAUAUCCAAAAGCUAUGUAUGUUCAUGAAAUAGAUGAAGAUACAUGGAUGAAGAUUUUGCGAGUAAAUGUUGGAUCUAUAAAUGGAGUUACUAAAGCAAUUUUGCCUAAUAUGUUACAAAAAAGGAAAGGUGCAAUUAUAAAUAUUGGUUCUGGUGCGUCUAUUGUUGUGCCUUCUCAUCCUCUUUAUGCCAUUUAUGCUGCUACUAAAGGUUAUAUUGAUCAACUCUCUAGAAGUCUUCAUGUGGAGUACAAGAGUCAAGGGGUCGAUGUGCAAUGCCAGUUACCAUUGUAUGUUGCAACCAAAAUGGCCUUUAAUGUGGCAUCCGUCGAGAGACCAACCUUGUUCAUCCCCACGGCUGAGGAUUAUGCCGUGGCUGCAGUCCGGCGUAUCGGGUAUGAAGCAAGGUGUACACCCUUUUGGGCACAUUCACUUCAAUGGUACAUGGCUAGUUACCUUCCCAAUAGUUGGCUUGAUGCAUGGCGCCUCUCUAUAGGCAUUCGGAGGAGAUCAGCCUAAUUCUAUAACAAUUCUCAUACGUCUACCUCCGUUAAAUUUUACGUGCAACUUUGAAAUAUUUUAUAUCUUACAAAUAAUACCACAAAAUUGCAUGUAAAAAUUAACGUAAUAGAGGUAGUAUUCAAAUUCUGUAAAAUCAUCAAAUAAAAAGAUAAAUUUUGAAUAUAAAUAAAUAAAUUAUAAACGAACGUAAUGUUGAUUUGUAUCCCGUAUUAAUAAUUUUGUACACAAUCGAUAAUAAAGUCACUUUUUUACAAUAUAUGGUACUCGUACGUAUCAUAUCAUACAUGACAAUACAAGUUAUCACAAAUAGAUUUAGGGCCUGAUUAUUGAGGAUCUAGCUAGUAACUCGUGUUUGACUUGUAGCAUUCAAAAUACACAGGACAACAGACGAGCAUAAGAGCCAAAACCCCAGCGAUUCCUGUUAUCAAAAUCCACAUGCUAGGUUUCCAAUUUAUAAGUUGAGUUGCAUCUGUUGGAUUUUCACGACAUGAUUCCAGAUCACCAAUUGUCCUGUCUUUGAUAUUACGUAGUUGUUCAUCGUUGUUUGUCACUUUUAAUGUUGCUAUAGAGAUAUCACGUACUAGAUCAGCGCGAGACUCUUUUCGAAAAGCCUGCACCAAAUUGCAUGUACAAGUAUAAAAUCCAUCAUUCACAUGAAUAACUUAGAUUAGGGAUGGCAACGGGUCGGACUAGGAGCGGAUUAUGCUAAAUCCGACUCCGACCCGACAGGAAGUCGGAGGUUGAAUCCGACAUCCGACUCCGACAUCCGACUUCGACAUUCGACUCCGACUCCUAUUUCAAUAUCCGACCUCCGACUCCGACUCCGAUCCGACCCGACUCCGAGUUUUUUUUCAUUAUUCAAUAUACUUUGAGAUGUUAGGCUAUUUGGGCCUUUACAACCCACACCCAAUGCCACCAUGACCCACACAAAAAUCCACUAUCUAUUGGAGUCGGAGUCGAAUAAUCCGUUAAAGUCGGACAUUUGUCGGAGUCGGAUUUUUUUCUCGGAUUUUUUAUAGGAUCCGACUCCGACCCUCCUCCGACUCGGAGUCGGAUUAUUUUAACGGAGUCGAACUCGGAUUACUUUUUUCUCGGACUCGAAGCGGAUAUUUUACCUCGGAUCGGAGCGGAGUAGGGUCGGAUCCAGACUAGAUUGUCAUCCCUAACUUAGAUAUGGUCACGUUUAAAUUCAUCUUACUCAAUUAUAUUACUCAAUCUGUUUUUUAAUACUUGUUUCAUUUCUCCAUGCGCGGAGUUUUAGAAAAAUUGAAAAAAAUAAUAAAAUAUGGAGGUAGUGGGGUUGGUGGAAUAAUAAAAAAAUUGUAAAAAAAAAGGUAGUGAAGAGAAUUGAAGGAGAGAGAAUAUAGAACGAAUUAAUAUUGUUGGGUCCACUUGGUGAGAGAAAUUAAUUAAAUAUUGUAAAAGGUUUCAAAUAAGAAAAUGGAACAUGUAUUUAAAAACGGCUAAAAGAAAAGUGGGACAAGUAUUUAAAAACGGAGAGAGUACAAAGUACAGAUUAUUACUUAUUUCAAAUCAGGGACAAUACUAUUAAUUUCAGAUCAACCUUUAUGUGUAAUUAAAAAAAAAAAACUAUUUUUUUUUAGAAAAAGGAGUUAGGAUUGAGUCAUUACAAAAAAAAAAAAAAAAAAAAAUUCAGAUUAGAUCACAUAAGUCAAAAUAAGCUAAGGUGAACAUUGUUUAAGUUUGAGUGAAAAUAUCUUAUGAAAAUGAGCCAAAUAAACACGUACUAUUAUGCUAUGUUUGGAUAACAAAUUAAAAGGGAAAUGGAAGGAAAGGAAAUAGGAGGAAGGGGAAGGAAGGGAAAGUGGAGAAAAUGAUGAGCUUCAUUUUCCCUCCAAAUAUCUCCAAUUUUAAAGGGAUGAUCUUUAUUAACGCUUUGUUUGGAUAGCAAAGAAGGAAGGAAAAGAAGGAAAGGGAAAAUGGAGGAAGGGAAGGGAAAA